AUGUCGGGCGACAACUCUGCCGCGGCCAAGGCAGACCAAAUCGUGUCUCACAUCUACAGCAAACUGUGGCAGGUGGUUGAGAAUGCACGGAUACCAGACCAGGAGAAGGCGAAGGUCGACAAGUGGUUUAACCUCGAGACGCCCAUAACGACAACCAUUCCCAAUGCUGAGCUAGAUGCUUACAAGUCGCUAUCCACAAUGCGGGAGGUUCGGCCGUUGGUCAUCCAAGUCGUGCUUGCAGUGCCUCCGUCGCCUGGAACAGCGUUGGUCCAUACCCCAACGCGUACAAAGAUCGACCCAGAGCCUCGUUACGUGCUCUUGGAAGAAUGGAGACUCUCAUGCUUACCACUCCACUCCCAUUCAAGUUCAUCGUCUUCCAGCAGCAGUAGCAGUGUGGAUGACUCGGACAUUCAGCCCUCCACUAUAUACAAGAACACUAUCCCCCUCUUCCGCGCCCUCUUCUCGUUUCUGCGAAUAACGCCAGCAUGGAAAACGGUCAUUAAGCUCGGUAGAAGGCGAGGCACAAGCAACUCGCUCCGCGCUAUGGUCCGGUUGCAACCAGAAAUGGAUGACAACAACGUGCUGCGCUUUGGCCAGUCUCCAUCGGUGGAAAUGGGUGCAGUGCCACUUUCGACGGCGAGCCAUACGUUUCCGGGUGUCGCCCACCAUGUUGGAACACUCUCUCUUUCGGCGACAUACCUCACCGCCCCGACCUUCACACUCGAAUCCAUCGAGACGUUACUGUCCUCCCGCUUUGCUGUUCUCGAUGCAGGUCCACCUAAUCGUGUGGACGAUAGAUCAUCAUCAUAUAUCCCUUCACCCACAAGUGGGGCCACCCGAAUGCCCCUUGGGUCUCGGCCUGCCAACCCUACACCAGUGGGAGAUGACCAUGAUGAAGAGGAUAACGAAGGCUUUGUCCCGACCCUAGCCAGACGGUCGAUUUCAGUCUCCACGACUUCAGUCAAUGCCGUUCCGUCUUCUCCCGGUCGGUACGGCGCUCCGAUUCCAUUGCCAGGAACCGCGGGGUCUCCAAGUCGCUACACGAGUGUCUUGCAUGCGAGACAGCGAACAGAAUCGACGCUUUCUCAGGGCCACCGGCCGACAGGCAGCGAUCCCACGUCUGCCUCGACAUCAUACUCCAACCGAAUGGGUGUACAUAUAGCCGGAGGAUAUAAACGCGAAACAACCACCACUGAUAUCGACCGAUUUGUGCUGCCCGCUGGGAGUAGUAGCGCAUCACCGCCGUUAUCUUCAUUGCGAACGGCCGCUGGAGAUAGCAGUACAGAGUUGAGUGGCGGAUAUGGACGUGGCGGUGGGGCGAUGCCUAGCGAACGAGAACGGGAAAGGGAAAGGGAGAAGGGUGUUCCCAUUGGUGGUCCUGGACUCGGUGGAAUAGGGAGUCUACCAGGCAGCGCACCAAGUCCCAGUCCAAUAAACCCAAGUAUGAUCAAUCCCUUCAAGAGUAACACGCUCUCGCGGAGUUCACUCACCGGCUCUCUGUUACGAGGCGUUUCUGGUAGUCCUGGCCGAGCAGGGGUCGCGUUUCCUCAGCCAGCUCCACAGCCAGAGAGUUCGACUGGGAUUGGAAUGGGCUUACCAAGUUCGUCGUCGUCAUCUGGCAUCGGUGCAGUUCCGGUACCAUCACAACGGAAACGAUAUUCAAGUAGCUUUUCUCAUCGGUAUGGUGCUGCGGCGGGCAGUAGUGUCGGUAGUGGUGGAAGUGGAGAAAGCGGAAGUCAGAGUGGCGGAGGCAGUUUUGUUGCAGCAAUCGCAGCGAGGGAAAAGGAACGGGAAAGAGAACGGCGUUCUAGCGCUGGUGCUGGUAGUGGGUCCGCACAAGGCAGUUUGCUUAAGGACCCACAGCAACAGGACGAUAUCACGGCGUUUGUCAAGGACCUUGAUGCCCCACCUUUAUUGGGUCGUUAUCGCAGGGGAGAAGAGAGUCCGGUCGACCAGACAGAAGUCAAAGAUGUUGCCCUCAGUGAUUCAAGCUCACCUAGCACAAGUCGUGGCGGUACCAUCAGAGUGAGCGGGAGUACGUACCCCGGCGGCAGUCAGUCACGGGCAAGUACGUUGGGUCCAAUGGGCAGCAGCACCGCUCCGGCCUCUUCAUCGACAAUGGCCGAACGAGCUACCAUUCCAACAAGCGUCUCAGAAGUCGAUGAACAGCUGCGGCGAAUGAAUGAAGAGUUUCGGAAAUCACUUGCCGGACUGGGUGGUGGUAGAAAUGCUGCACAGCGAUCUCCCGUCGGCGCAGUCUUUCCUGGCGGCAGUGGGAGUGGAAGCGGCAGUGGAAGCGGGAGUGCAAGUGGAGUUGGGGAUGUGGGCCAAGGGUCAGAUGAGGUUAUCGGCAAGAUGGAGUUCGACUUCACAGCUGAGUCACGGAGGCGGAUUAACAGCUUGCAAUUGAAAGUCGGCGCCGCUAUGCCGUUGGGGUUGAUGCUGGUCAACUUGCGGUGGACAGUAUAUCUCUCAAUACUGACGAGUGGUACCGUCGACGCGUUGAUCUUCACUAUUCCUUCGAAAACGACAACGCCAGGCACAUUCGAGGUCACCUAUGUCAGUGAGGCCUCCGACCCUGCUGGCGUUAUGGCCUUCUGGCUUGGGCAUCAGACUGGUGCGGGAGGGUUUUUCAAUGCAGGAUUCAACAUCUCCCAUGUUUCAAGUCCGACGAAGUAUGGCGUGUUCAUACCCGAUAGUGCGGGCGAUGGGCAGCUCUGGGCGGUGUCGGCCGGGCCGGGUGAUAGCAGUUUACCACACGGUUUCUUUGCGGAAUCUGAUGUUUUUACGAUUAACCCGACGGACGACAUUGCGAAUACACCGACUCUGACUUGGGCCCUGACAUCUCAAAAAUCACCAACAGAGACAAAGACACAGGCACCGAGCUCCACGACAACAAGCCAAGCUGAUGAGCCUUCCUCAAUCACCAUUGGUGGCAUGUCUUCAAGUCAAGCAGCAAGCUCAACAUUAUCGAGCUCUGGCCCAAUCGGCCCUAUUUUCACCAGCGCUCUAUUUAGCUCGACAACUGUAUCAAUCUUACCCAAGUCUUCAGACGGAAGUUUGGUCGGCGCCUCUCACUCCCGUGCCAGCUCCUCUCGUUUCGCCGGCCUUAUUGCAGGUGUUACCAUUGGUGCCCUCUCAUUUAUUCUGGUCACCAGUCUGCUUUUCUACCUUCGCCGACGUCGACGAUCCAAACAGGACCAUGAGCCGAGAGCAUUUGACCUUGAGCCGGCCUUGACCUCCGUGCCGUACUCGGAUGCCUCGCCUGUCAGAGCAACUUUGGGCUUUGACACGCUCAGUCCCAAUCGUCGCGGCAAAUCCGACUCCCAACCGACAAUCCCGACAAGAUCGGUUUCUCGUUCGCCCAGUUAUGCGACCACGUUGACGUCGACUCCCUCGAUUGGCUCUCGUGCCGCUGUCCUGCGGCAGGCAUAUCUCUCGAACCAGCUGGCGGCAGUCCAAGCGCAAUUAGCUGCUCUGCAAACCGCUCCUAAUGAUAACCCUGUCCAAACGGCAACCUCAACUUCGGACUCAGUCUUACUCCGACAGCAAAACGUAGCGUUACAUGCGCGGAUACAGGUGUUAGAAACGCAACUGCAGUCUCAAUGGGCGUUGGGUCUUUCAGACGAGCCGCCGCCCGGCUACAUGGAAUAA